AGUCUGUUCUUCGCUUCCAUUGUCUUCCUCCGCCUCCCCGUCCUUAUCUGCCUCCUUAUCUACCGUCCUUUCCCCAUACCUCUUCUCGGCGCUUCAUCUUCCCUUCAGGACGUCCACGUCACCCAUUCAUAGCGGCCUUGCAACCUCACUCUCUUGACUCUCUCAGUCAUCACUAUCUCCGUAUUACACCGGAAACUUCGUGAGUCGCUAGCAAUCGUUCACAACAGGCCAUAAUCCGCCUGCUCCAACUCGGCGCUUAUCGGCUCUUCUCCGACGUCACCUCCUUAUCCGCCUCCCUACUUGCCACCACCUGCUCAACAUGGCUCCUCGCAAGCCCCGUUGCAACUUCAAGGAAUGCAAGGAAGCAGCUCAGCGAAUUGUUGGAGACUGCAGCUUCUGCAAUGGGCAUUACUGCUCUAAACACCGGAUGUUGGAAGCCCACUCUUGCACUGGCCUGGAGGACUGCAAGAAGGAGUCCCACGCCCGUAACGCCGAUAAGCUGAAUAGCGAGCGUACCCAUGUCAUCAAGGGCGUAUAGACGACGUCAUGGGGCCUUCUACUUUCACCUUCUUUUCUUUUGAAAUUUCUCUUUCGGUUCUUGCGCAUCGCCAUCAGCGAAACCGUUUGAUUUAGCGCGGUGUUCGAUUUGAUUACAUCAUCGCCGUUGCCGGGUUCGUUAAACAACUCGCCGUGGCCAUUAUCUCUUUCCAUUUCAAACAAUAUCUUUGGGUCGGGAGGUGUUUUUGUUUCUAUUCUUGGCUUUGGUAUAUUUACUUUUUCUCCUGUUCUUGGUAUAUGCAAGGCGUUGACACCUGUGGGGGUUUUGAUUAUACGUUUCCCUUGAAGUACAUUCUGCAUGGGGUUGAACAUCGUGUUCGGCUUUGACCGUCUAGUGGACGGCGAGUGCGGAUACGAUGCGAGACUCCCUUGAUCUCUUGUUCCUACUAUUCUGCUCUCUCCAGUCAUACGCUUGGAUAGAUUGGCGGUUCGAGCUUAGGCCGUUCCGUCCCAUUGGCGUGUCACAUAGCCAAACGGUUUUAGGUAUAUACUGCAUAUUCCAUCCACCUAUCAAAUGUUCCUUGAGCACCCGACUACUUAGCGUAAGCGGCGUGGCCGCAGGUUAGUCGCUAGCGGGACCCAGGAGGUCUAUA